AUGACACUCAGCACAGAAUCAGCCGUCAAGCUUCUCGGCGACGUUAUCGACAUCGCCAUGGCUGAUUUCGAAUUCGAGAACGGGCCAAUCGACUUUGUCUCCGAAUCAGUUCAACAAUCAGAAGCUGAAGCUGAACAAAAUUGCGUUGGUAAAGUCGAAGUCAAUCUUGACAUGGCAGUCGAAGACAUCCUCAAGAUCGCAAGGGAACGGCGCAUAAGAAAACAAGGAAACCGCCGAAUUGGCAACGAUGUCGAUAAUGACAUCGAUAGCCUCCAUUGUGUACGCAGCUGCAUGCGAACCAGUUUCAAUUCCGAUGAAAGUUCUAGUGAAGAUGAGGAAGAUUUCGACGAAGAGUUUGAGCUUCCACUAAAUGACUGUGUUGAAGUGAAGUCUUCGAAAGACACUUCCAUGAAGAGGACAUCUUUGACCUCCCUACUACAAGCAACACUCUAG